GGACUCCCGAUACUGGUGCUAUUCCUAAGACUAGAUCAUUCGUUAUUUGUAUAUGGAAUUGCGCAACUGAUGCUAUGCGAUUCUGCGGGUCGAGCUCGGAUAACGAGGCGCAAGUAUUUCCAGAACUGGCCAUCCCCAAGUUAUAUGAGGACGCCGUGAACCGAGACAAGUAGUUGAAGAUCGUCUGUACCUGCUUUUGAUAAGCAAGAAAUUAAGAUGGCUACCGUUGACACCUUACCUUCAUAUGACCUUUGGAGCGACGCUCCCGGGUAUCUGCUUAACAAGCCAGAAUGGGAGGCCGCCAAUGCGUCCCAUCCAGCAUCCUUCAGCUUCGGUGAUGUCCCAAAGGGCUGGCCGAGCCAGAUUACUGGGCCCUCGGUAUGGACCGGUGAUGAUCUUCGUCGAAACCCCGACUCGUAUCUCCGGAUCCUCAAGGAGGAGGAGAUCGAGGAAAUAGACACUGCCAUCAAAGCAUGGAAGCAGCUCUCCAUUCCACAGAUCGAGCUCUCCCGUUCCAACUUUCCUCUUCCCACACUUGGUCCCGUGCUGCGCCAGCUCGCCAACAAUAUCUACAAUGGCACCGGCCUCCAAAUCCUGCGUGGCUUUCCUAUUGCUCAAUACAGUACGGAAGACCAGAUGAUCGCGUUCCUCGGCAUUAAUGCAUGGAUCGGCGACCAGAAGCUCAAUCAAGGCGCUCAAAGGGCUGUCUGCCAUAUCAAGAGCAUCGCCCACCUUGAUCCCUCCCAGCGCGGCAAGAUCUACGUCUCUGCCCAAGACACGAAUCCACAGAUGUACCACAGCGAUGCAGGUGGGGAUAUCGUAGGCUUGAUGGCCGUGAGCACGUCUGGCAAAGGCGGCAGGUCAAAGGUCGCGAGUGCGGCGCAGGUCUACAAUCAUCUUGCAAAGCAUCGGCCGGACAUCGCACGCAUCUUAGCCGAACACAAGUUCCGAUGGCAGGCGGUUGGCAUCCCUAAAGACGGUGUCCGCCUAAUCCACUACCAAGACGGGAAACUCUUCCUCAACUUCUCGACUCGCACAUUCAUCGGGUAUGGCGAGGUUCCCGAUCGUGACACAAACUUCCCAGAAUUGACUUUCGAAGAACGCGAAGUCUUCGGGGGGUGGCAAUGGGUCGCUGAUCAGUACAGCUUCUCCACGGAGUUGCAAACAGGCGAUAUAGAAUGGGUCAACAACCUCCACCACCAGCAUGCGCGCUUUGGCUUCACCGAAGAUCCUUCAAAUCCGCGUCACCUCCUCCGCGUCUGGCUACGUGACAGCGAACUGAGCCCGAAGAAGCCGGCAGAUAUGCAGAACAAAUUCGAUGCUAUGUUUGGUGUUGAGCCGAACCUUGUACCGGUGGAUGAGCUCGAGGAGGAUGUUAUCCGGAAAAGUACGGGAAUUUUCACUGGAUCGUGUGAAAAGGCUCUGGCCGACUAUCGGCUGGAAAAAGGUGGCAUAGGCGCGUUAAACAAGAAAGCCGACAGGUAAAUAUGCUGGGACACGUUCGGCAUGAUCACAUAGACCGCGUAGGCUUCCAGAAGCUAUUAAUUCGAUGGUAAUUGGUAUACCAAGGCCAACAUAUGCUAAGUAUAUCUGGAUAAUGUGGCCAACUUGAGGAAUGGAGAGGGUGUACGCGCGGAUGGACUCUUCAAAUGAACAAAUGAUUGCAUGAUAUCAAAAUUUUUGUUCGUACCCAGCACGUACCUUUGUAUGGAUAUCCCUUCUUGCUUGCUGUGCGAGCGAACCGUGACAUAUGGAGUAAUAAGGUAUGUGUUCAAUGAGCAACAUCGACGUGUUCACCUAACAAUACCCCAUCGAGCCACCCCUUCUCCUU